AAUAUAAAAAUGUGAAACAUUGUUAGGGACUUUUUAUAAAAAGUUUAAUACCUUAUUUUAUUGAAAAACAUUACCAACAGAUUUCUCUACUAAAACUCAAAUACAUAUAUGCUCACAAUAUUUACUAAAAUAAAGAUUUUUGUACAGUAAAGUGAUAUAUUUCUUGUAUGGAUGGUUGGCCUUUGGUUUUGUUUUGAUUUAGUCAGCCAUACUCUUAAUAAAUUCCUCUAUUGUACCAAAGGUUGUCUGGAAGAAAUCGCUCUAAGCGAUAAGACCGCCAAUUGUACUUAGUGAACAUCCAACUUACUAUAGCAGUACUGCAAAGUAAAGUCUAAAACCAUAACAAAAGUGACUUGGAAUUUCAUACAGUAUACAUAUUAUUAGUGUCUGUUAACAUAUUUUAAAGAUUUAACAUGGGACCACCUAAGAAGAUAAAAAAGUAUGAUUCCAAAGCUGGAGGAGAGAGAUCAGGUAAAAAGAAGAAAAUAGAAGAAGACAUCACAAUAGAUCUUGUUGAGGAUGAUAACCCAGAAAACACUGGUGUCCCUGGAGCUGCUAUGCAAGAUGCAGAGAAAAAUGAUCAAGUACCUGAGGAUGAAUUUGGAGCCAAAGAUUACAGGAACCAAAUGGAACUUAAAGCUGAUAAUGCAAGUCGUCCCCUAUGGGUUGCUCCAAAUGGUCACAUAUUCUUAGAAGCAUUUUCACCUGUAUACAAACAUGCUCAUGACUUUUUGAUCGCUAUAGCAGAACCUGUUUGCAGGCCACAACACAUCCAUGAAUAUAAAUUAACUGCAUACAGCUUAUAUGCCGCUGUAUCAGUAGGAUUGCAGACAAAUGACAUAAUAGAAUACUUGCAACGACUAAGCAAAUGUGCGGUACCUGCUGGCAUCAUGGAGUUUAUUAAACUAUGUACCUUGUCAUAUGGAAAAGUUAAACUUGUUCUUAAGCAGAAUAGGUAUUUAGUUGAAAGUAAACAUGUAGAAGUAUUGCAAAAGUUACUUAAAGAUCCAGUGGUCCAACAGUGUCGGUUAAGACGCGAUGGUGAUGACGAAUUGUUGUCAUCUGCUCUUCCAAACAAACCAGCUACAGCUUCUACUAAAAUUGGCGAAGACAAACCAGCUGCAAAUGGAAGUGUGCCUGAAGAUAUCAGUCAGUUCUACCAGCAAUUGGACAAAGAUGAUGAAGAGGAAGAAACAACAGAUAUAACUGCGAAUACUGCAGUCGCUUUUGAAGUUGAUCCUGAUAAAAUUGAGGUCAUACAAAAACGUUGCAUUGAACUGGAAUAUCCAUUACUAGCCGAGUAUGACUUCCGUAAUGACGCAGUUAAUCCGGACAUCAAUAUUGAUCUCAAACCAACGGCAGUAUUACGACCUUAUCAAGAGAAAAGUCUAAGGAAAAUGUUUGGAAACGGAAGAGCAAGAUCGGGCGUGAUAGUGUUGCCUUGCGGCGCGGGCAAGUCGCUGGUGGGCGUGACGGCGGUGUGCACGGUGCGCAAGCGCGCGCUCGUGCUCUGCAACUCGGGCGUCUCCGUCGAGCAGUGGAAGCAGCAGUUCAAGUGCUGGUCCACGGCCGACGAUAGUACUAUAUGCAGAUUCACAUCAGAAGCAAAAGACAAGCCAAUGGGUGCGGGUAUACUAAUCACAACAUACUCAAUGAUAACACACGGGCAGAGGCGCUCGUGGGAAGCGGAGCAGACGAUGAAAUGGCUGCAGGCGCAGGAGUGGGGGCUGGUUGUGCUGGAUGAAGUACACACUAUACCCGCUAAGAUGUUCCGACGUGUGCUGACAAUUGUACACUCGCAUGCUAAGCUAGGUUUGACCGCGACCCUCUUGCGUGAGGACGACAAGAUCGCGGACCUGAACUUUUUGAUCGGGCCGAAGCUGUACGAGGCCAACUGGCUCGAGCUGCAGGCGGCCGGCUACAUCGCGCGCGUGCAGUGCGCGGAGGUGUGGUGCCCCAUGACGCCGGAGUUCUACCGCGAGUACCUCGUGCAGAAAAUCAACAAAAAGAUGCUGUUGUACGUUAUGAAUCCUUCCAAAUUCCGCGCAUGUCAGUUCCUCGUCAGAUACCACGAGAAGCGAGGCGACAAGACCAUUGUAUUCUCUGACAAUGUGUUCGCUUUGAGACAUUACGCCGUGAAAAUGAACAAACCAUACAUUUACGGUCCCACAUCGCAGAAUGAAAGGAUACAGAUUCUACAAAACUUCAAGUUUAACCCCAAAGUCAAUACUAUAUUCGUCAGUAAAGUCGCCGAUACGAGUUUUGAUUUACCAGAGGCUAAUGUUCUAAUUCAAAUAUCUUCGCACGGCGGUUCUAGGAGACAGGAAGCGCAACGAUUGGGUCGUAUUUUGAGGGCUAAAAAAGGCGCGAUAGCCGAGGAAUAUAAUGCAUUCUUUUAUACUUUAGUGUCACAGGACACUCUAGAAAUGGCAUACAGCAGAAAACGACAACGGUUUCUUGUCAAUCAGGGUUACAGUUACAAGGUGAUCACAGAAUUGAAAGGUAUGGACCAAGAACCUGAUUUGAUGUAUGGAUCAAGAGAAGAGCAGGGUAUGCUGUUACAGCAGGUACUGGCCGCAUCAGAAACGGAUUGCGAGGAGGAACGCGAGGGUGUAGUGGGGGGCGUGGCGCGGCGCGGCGGGGCGCUGUCGUCGCUCGCGGGCGCUGACGAUGCGCUGUACUUGGAGCACCGCCGCGGGCAGCACAAUAAGCACCCGCUGUUUAAGAAGUUCCGCUGUUGAUGGUAUUUAUUUAUGUAAACACCCUUGUAUUUAGACAAAUUGUGAAAAAAUAAAAAUAU